AUGACCUCUGUAUCUCCAAACUCUUUGCCCUAUGUUUCGGGGACAGAGCUGCCGCGAGUCUCUGAAGGCGAGACCAUCCGUCGCAGUAACGAGCAAGACGAGAAGGAGGAGGAAGAGGCGCAAGAACCGCUCGCGAAGAAGAGGAGCAGGCUGAUGUUUUGGAAGAAGUAUGAACAGGGUGAGAAGAGUGACUGGUGGUUCGCAUCCACUGGCAUUCCUUUGCUCGCUGCUACUCUCGGACCGCUGGCUAAUAUCUCAUCGCUUGUCGCCCUUGUCACAUCAUGGCGCAUGAAUGUGUACAUUGACGGUCAAUUCGUCGAGGAGCUUGAAGGGAAGUCCUUCGCUGACCCGAGAUGGUGUUACUACUUCAACGUGGCCUCCCUGGUUUGUGGUUUCCUGGGUAAUAUAUUCCUCCUCUUCAAUUUCACGCAGCGUAUUCGAUACAUUAUCGCUUUGCCUGCUACGAUCAUCCUCUGGUAUCUCGCGACCGGUUUUCUCAUCGGGAUAACAGUGAGCAUGGAGAUCUACGCACCGCCUAAUCGCCCCUACGAAACCUAUACGCAAGGCUUCUGGUAUGCCGUCGCCGCAGCCUCUUUCUACUUCUUCUGCUCCAUGCUUCUGAUGGUCAAUAUGCUCGGCUUCUUCCUCGGACACUACCCAGACAACUUCGCUCUUUCCGAUUCCCAGCGCACGCUCAUCCUACAAACAAUGGUAUUCUUCAUCUGGCUUGGGGGUGGCGCAGCAGUUUUUAUGAAGAUCGAGGAUAGUGCCGGGCAAGGCUGGGAAUACGCCGAUUCUCUAUACUUCUGCGACGUGACUGUCUUGACGGUUGGCUUUGGAGAUUUCUACCCUACCACCGAUCUAGGGAGGGGUAUCGUGUUUCCCUUUUCCGUUGGCGGCAUUAUUACGUUAGCUCUGAUCGUGAGCUCGAUAUACAAAUUCAUGCGCGAACUGGGCGAGGAGAAUAUCGUCAUGAAGCAUACCGAUCGUAUGCGGCAAAGGACCGCCGAUCGCAGCGUUACCACCUCCUUCGAUCUCCGCCAGCGCGAACAUGCUGAGCGGCACCUCAUUCGUAGACGCUCGCUUAAGGAAAGAGAACGCCCAAAGAUUAGUGCUCCUACCGAGCUGAGGGAGAUGCGCACUGCUAUGGGGAACACAGUUAGGAGGGCCACUUUCAGGCCACUGCCGAACGCACUCACCCCAGGGAGGAAUAAGAAGCAGCGCGUGAUUCUGCUCAAGGAAGAGAAGGAUCGGUUCCUUGCAAUGCGGGGAAUUCAACAGAAGUCGAAGAAGUACAGGCAGUGGCUAGCGCUGUUAUUUUCAACGUUUGCCUUUGGAAUCUUGUGGUGUGUCGGUGCGGUGGUGUUUUGGCAGCAGGCGGAGAAGAACACCCAGGGCAUGACCUACUUCGAAGCCCUCUACUUCUGCUACAUCUCACUCUUGACCAUAGGCUACGGCGAUCUGGCACCCAAGUCAAGCGCCGGCCGCUGCUUCUUCGUCAUCUGGAGCCUUAUCGCGGUCCCCACAAUGACAAUCCUCGUCUCCGACCUCGGCGACACCGUCGUCUACAAAUUCCAUCGCUGGAGUGAUAAAUUCGCCGACUUCACUGUCCUCCCUAAACAAGGCAUAUGGCGCACCUUCCUCGACAAGCAUCCCUCGCUAUUGCGCCUGGUGCAGAGGCUGCAGAAAAAGAUCGCGGACAGGAAGGCGAGGAAGAGGGUGGAGAGGGGGUUCGAGCUGGAUGAUCCGGAUCAGCCCGUCGAGAAUCCGGGGUGGGAUACCCAGACUAGGGAUAUUUCUGCUGCUGAGGCGCAAGUAGAUGAGUCGCCUGUUGAGGCUGAUAAUAGGGCGACUGCGCCAACACUGCCUGUCCUCGCGGAGGAAGCAGAGCAAGAUGCCCUUGGGAAGUCGCCGAGUCCCAAGGCUGUUGCACACCACCUCGCGCUCAGCAUCAAGCGCGUUGCCGCUGACAUGCACCUUCCCAAGCCUAAACGCUACACCUUCGAGGAAUGGGUCUUCUUCGUGCGGCUGAUCCGCCUCACAGGAAACAAAACCGGAUCCCGCGGCGAUGAAGAUGAGGAGGAUGAGGAAGGGCUCGUCGAGUGGGACUGGAUUGGGCCGGAUAGUCCGUUGAUGAGCGGGCUGAGUGAAAGCGAGUGGUUGUUAGAGAGGCUGUGUGAGAGUUUAAUUCGGUUGGCGAAGAAGCCGUACAAUGUGAGGGGUGAGGUGAGGCUAGAGACGGGCGAGGGGGUGGAUGGAGAUGAUCGGGUGAUCAGGUGGGCGGGUGAUGAAAACGAUCCGAGGGAUGAGCAGAGGCUGGACAAGGUUGCAGGUGAUACUAAUGAUGGAGACCCGGGUCGGGCAGAAGAUCGUGGCACCGGUGCUGGAGAUGUAACAUGA